AUGGGAGCAAACACCUCCAGCGAGUCACCACCCUUCGAUGAAAACGAAGAUGUCACCUUCGACCAUUUUGAAAUUUUGCGAGCUAUUGGGAAGGGCAGCUUUGGAAAAGUCUGCGUUGUGCAAAAGAACGACACCAAGAAGAUGUAUGCCAUGAAAUACAUGAAUAAACAGAAGUGCGUGGAGCGUAAUGAAGUGAGGAAUGUUUUCAAGGAGCUGCAGAUCAUGCAGGGCCUGGAACACCCCUUCUUAGUUAAUUUAUGGUACUCGUUCCAGGAUGAAGAAGAUAUGUUUAUGGUUGUAGACCUGCUGCUUGGAGGGGACCUGCGUUACCAUCUCCAACAAAACGUGCGGUUCCAGGAAGGCACCGUGAAACUCUUCAUCUGUGAGCUGGUGCUGGCCCUUGACUAUCUCCAGAGCAGGCACAUCAUCCACAG